AUGGCUGCGCCGCCUCCACCGCCUCGCGGCCUCUCCCUCUACGAGAACCUCCACGACCCCAACAACCCGGCCCCUUCAUCGACCGUCUCCUCCGCCCCCGUCCUCUAUAACCAAGCAAGCACCGCUUCCGCCCCCGUCAAGAAGCCCAUUGACCCUGCGCUGCGCUUCCAACCCACGCGCCGUCCCCAACCCGCCAAGCCCAAGCCCAAGACCUCCUCAUCCUCCGCCAUCCCCAAGCCGUCUCCCGCCGCACCAACACAACAACAACAACAACAACAACAACAACCCCCUCCUCCUCCUCCGUCCGCCGAAGGCCCCGUCGCAGCAGACAACUCCGCCGCCGCGGUGCCGGUCGCGAAGAGCACGCUCGCGGACUGGGCCGCCACCGAGGAGGACGAGUGGCUCUACGGCACCGGCGAGAAGCGCCAGCGCGGCGGUCGCAAGGCCCGCAAGAAGCGCCAGCAGCAGCGGGAGCAGGAACCGUCGCGGACCGACUGGGACGACGUGUACGACCCGGCGCGGCCGACCAACGUGGACGAGUACCUGCGCAGCGACGAAAAGGUCGACGAGGUGCGCGAAUGGAAGGCGCUGCUGCACCGGCACCGUCGCAAGGGCAAGGCGCUGGACAGCGAGCCGUCGUCGGACGAGGAGGACGAGAGAGCAGCCAUGCGUCCUAAUAGUCAAUUCGCCCCUCCGCCAUCCUACACGACCGUCCCUCCACCUCCAUCCUCACCUCCUCCAACAUCGGCCGCCGCGCCACCACCACCGCCUCCUCCCGACGAUGCCUCCGGCGACGACGCAUACGCCCGACGUCUCGGCAUGUCCUCCCAAGCAGCCCCUCCUCCCCCUCCUUCCUCCGCCAGCACCAUACCCGCCGCCCCCGUCCUAUACAACACCACCACGGCACCUCCUCCACCACCACCAUCCUCCUCCUCAGAGCAGCGAUCCAGCCGCCCCGGCCAGGCCGGCUUCGCCCAUCGCCUCAUGUCCAAGUACGGCUGGACCUCCGGCAGCGGCCUCGGCGCCGACGCCUCCGGCAUCGUCAACCCCCUCCGCGUGCAAGUCGAGAAGCGCCGGCGCAAAGCCGACGCCGACGGCGGCGGCUGGGCCGAGCCCGCCAACAAGGCCAAGAUCAUCGGCGGUACGCGGCGCAACGACGGCGGCGGCAGCUCGGAGCAGGGGCUCAGUGACGUGGUCGUGCUGCUCAACAUGCUCGACAACAUGCCGGACCUGGCCGCCGAGGUCGAGGACGGGUUGGGGCAGGAGAUUGGCGAGGAGUGCGGCGAAAAGGCCGUCAGCGAACUGCAGGGACGGGUUUUUAACGGGAACACAAUCACGCCCAAGUAUUAUGAUAGCGAUGCUUUUGACAGAGGCGUCUACAACAAAUAG